GAGAGUAGGGGGAAGUUUUCCACAAGGGAGGCAACAAUUAAAAAAAAAACCAUCAGAGGGGAAAAAAUAUCUAUUUACUUCCUCCACUUCACUGCUCCCUUCCAAACGAUGUUCCAGACCUUAUACAAUUAUUUCUGGUGGGACCGGCUUUGGCUGCCAGCCAACCUCACCUGGGCCGACCUUGAAGACCGCGAUGGACGGGUCUACACCAAGGCCUCCGACCUCUACUUCACCAUCCCUUUAGCCUUCGUCUUCCUGGUCAUCAGACAUCUAUUUGAAACGUAUGUGGCCACUCCAUUAGCCGGUCUUUUGAACGUCAAGGAGAAAGUCCGGUUAAAAGCAACUCAGAACCCAGUGCUAGAGAAAUUUUACACUUCUUCCUGUAAACACCCCAAACAGGCCGACAUUGAGGGGCUCUCGAAGAAAAGCGGCUACACCCCCCGGCAGGUGGAGCGCUGGUUUCGGCGUCGGCGCAACCAGGAUCGGCCCAGUUUGCUCAAGAAGUUUCGGGAGGCCAGUUGGAGAUUCACCUUUUACCUUAUUGCUUUCAUUGCUGGCAUGGUUGUGAUAGCAGAUAAACCUUGGUUUUAUGACCUCCGUAAAGUGUGGGAAGGCUACCCUGUUCAGAGCCUGCUGCCAUCCCAGUAUUGGUAUUACAUGAUUGAGUUGUCCUUUUACUGGUCUCUGUUGUUCAGCAUCGCCUCCGACGUAAAACGUAAGGACUUUAAGGAACAGGUCAUCCACCACGUGGCCACCAUUAUCCUGAUCAGCUUCUCCUGGUUCACCAAUUACAUCCGGGCAGGGACGCUUAUCAUGGCCUUGCACGAUUCUUCCGACUAUCUGCUGGAGUCGGCAAAGAUGUUUAAUUACGCCGGCUGGAAGAAUACUUGUAACAACAUCUUUAUUGUCUUCGCUGUGGUCUUCAUCAUUACCCGUCUCAUCAUCCUUCCAUUCUGGAUUCUACAUUGCACCAUCAUUUACCCUUUGGAGUUUUAUCCGGCGUUCUUCGGCUACUACUUCUUCAACUUCAUGAUGGUGGUCCUCCAGUGCCUGCAUAUAUUUUGGGCAUUUCUCAUUAUCCGCAUGGCCCAGAAAUUCAUAACUGGAAAGGUGGUGGAGGAUGAGCGGAGUGACAGGGAUGAGACCGACAACACCGACGAGGAAGAGGAGAAGGCGGUCACGGGUUCCACGCCUCCAGGGGCCACGAAAAACGGCCCCCUUACCAACGGGCACCCCGUCUUGAACAAUAACCAUCGGAAAGCGGAAUGAUUUUCUCUCUUUGGCCCACGGGGGGUACUACUACCCCCCCUUUUCCCUCCAGGUCACCUGUUGUCUGUCCUGAGGUACAGAAGCCGAGAUGGGGGUCCACUUGGUUAUUUUUGAGGCCAAAACCAAAAGAAAAUAAUUAAAAAAAGAAAACCCUUUCUCCGAGGAGGACUUGGAAAAAUCCACCCCCAGAGCACGGUCUCCCUUUUCUUCUCUUUCCUGGGGGGGCAUCCUCCUGGCCCUGUCUGUUUGAGGUCUGCCGAAGCCGGGUGCUUUCAUUUCCAGAGGGACUCGGGACGAUAACUUGCGAUCCUAAAAUGGCACGUAGAGGAAAUAACCACACCGCCUGAAAUAAUGGCAUCGCCGGCCUCUUCUUUGAAUGGGAAUGGGGACCGUGAAAAGACCCCUCGGCUCCUUGCCCCUGAUCUUCAUGUUACAGGAAGAUGGCCUCGUUCAUUGCCUCUUAUCCUUCUUUACCAAACUGCCUUAAAACUAAUGUCAAGUGUGAAAUAAAGAUAUUUCCCCUUCUUUCCCCCCCACCCCAAACCUCUCCAAUUCAGCGUCUAAGAAACUGCAGGAUAGAGAGAUGACCCUAACUUUACUCCCACCAAUGCACACACACUUGCACACCUGACGAAUUUCCAUGUCAGCAACCAUGCCGUAACAAUCGGUGAUCCGAUUUCAAGUUGCUAGUCCUCAGGGAGUCUUCUCCCUCCCUGUGCCAAAGGCCUUUGAUUAAAAAAAACAAGUGGUGGAAUGCUGAUUUUUUUUUUAAACCUCUUCUACUCUGGACCUUUUUUGGGGUGGGUGUUUUCAAGUUUGCAGUGAUCUGCCACUCGAGGACAUUGCUGGGUUUUUCAGGUGGGUGGGGGAAACGCAGGUGGGGGCACCGAGGUGGAGAUCUACAGCCCCGAGUGCAGGAACAGAGAAAGGCGGGUGCUUCCUGCCCAUCUUCUCUGGUGUUCUCCUUUUUCUUAGGGAUGUGCAAUUUGGGAAAGACCGGGUAAAGCAGAACCCGCACCACCAAUGGGGUACACUUACAAAACACUCUCACUCGCACCCAGAUCCAACGGCUGCCACUGUUUCCAAAUUGCAGCAGGCGGAGAAACACAUAUUUGAAUCUGCCUUAUUCCUGCUAGGGAACCCUAGAAUCUUGAUCUUGCUUAACUGCCUCUUGAUUUCUUCCCCUUGCCCCUGGCCUUAUGGAAACCACAGCUUUUGUUUCAUUUUAUUGUUUUGCUUCACAAAGAACGUUGGUGUCUUUUCCCCCCAUAGCCCAAAUUAAUUCCUCAGGGGAGAGAGAGAGAAGACUCUCCUCCUUUUUCCCUACAGAUCAUCAGCUGGGAACCUUUCUGCCUUCCCACCAUGAGCAUCUCUUGUACAUAAUUUUGGAUAUUUAAGAAAAGGCAGGCCAAGGAUAAUUCACCGGGGUGGGGAAGGGUUGCGCACCGAGGUCUGUAAUGGAAGUUACUUUCUAUUUUUAAAGAGUCCACAUAACGUUCAGGAAAAAUAAGGUACAUUUGUUUGCUAACCUCGUUAUUUUUCGAGUAGGGGAAAGGGCCUGGGGCAGAAUUCAGUAGGUUAAAGGAGCUUAAAAGACAGCAGAAGUGAUAUAUAGAUGGCACACACCUUGCGUGCAGGACAGACAGUGGACACAGACUCCCUUCCCCUUAGUCUCCCUCCCUUUCUGAGCACCCAUUUCUCAUCCUGUUUUAAAAAAACAAACAUCAAGGUACACCCAAACCUAGGGGAACACAGUGAUUUUUUUUUAAUUUAUUAGAUAGGGGUUUCGAAUACCUGAGCAGAUGAUUUUUUUUAAAGGCAGGAAAGAACUGCUGAGGAAAGCA